AUGGCUCGACUCUUGCGCAAAGUGAUGACCCCUUUUUCUGGACCUUUAAUGACAGGCGCUGGUGGGGAACCUAUUGUGCCCAUCGCUCGUUGUACAGCUCGCAUACAGGUCGCAGACGCGUGCUACCCCGUCGAUUUUGUGGUCCUUGCUUCCUGCUGUUAUGACGUGAUUAUUCGUUGGGACUUUUCGAGUGCAAACUCGGCCGUCAUAAACUGCGCGCAGCAUGACAUUUCCUUGUCUCCUUUCCCAACGUAUGAUGUUGACGACACACCCGCUCCUGGCCAGCAACUUUCUCUUUGCACAGACGUUGUUUUACCCGGACGGGCAACGUGCGUCAUCCUCGUACCGUUGAUCCCGUCGUCAUCGCCCGCUGAAGUCAUCAUCACGCCCGAACGUCACAAUCUGGCCAAGAAAGGAGUGGUUGCGCCUCAUUGCCUUUGCUGUGUGGAAGAUGACUCUAUACCUGUCUUCUUGACAAAUUUAUCUUCGGAACCCGUCUUGAUGCCCGCUGGCUUCGUCAUUGCGGCUUGGGAGCCAGUGGCUCUGUCCGCUGCUCUUGCCACUGUGAAUGCAGGUACAGGCGUCCCCGAGAACAAGCCCAUCUCAGCCGCCGAUAUCGCCGCACUUGAAGAAAGGAUCGCUGUCACUCUGCCUAAGGAGUAUAGAAUGAAACUGCUGAACAUUCUUGUCCGUUACGCUUCCCUUUUUGAUUUGGACGACUCUCCUCUUGGUUCAGCCGCGCACGUGAAGCAUCGCAUAGACACUGGAACAACCCCGCCGCUGAGACAACGACCGUUCCGUGUUUCUGCAGCGGAACGGGAAGUCAUUGAGAAAGAGGUACAGAACAUGCUCUCUCGGAAGAUUAUCCGGCCCUCCAACAGUCCCUGGGCGUCUCCGGUUGUUCUGGUUAGGAAGAAAGACGGCAGUGUCAGGUUUUGCGUCGACUACCGAAGACUGAACAAGGUAACAAGGCGGGAUGUGUACCCUAUGCCCCGCAUCGAUGACGCCCUGGACUGCCUUCAUGGGGCAAGCUACUUCUCUUCACUCGAUCUCCGGUCCGGGUAUUGGCAAAUCCCCAUGUCUGACAACAACAUUGAGAAAACCGCAUUUGCUACGCAGGACGGCCUCUAUGAGUUUCUCGUGAUGCCCUUCGGCUUGUGCAACGCGCCCGCUACUUUUGAAAGAAUGAUGGACACUGUUUUGCGGGGACUACGAUGGCACAUAUGUCUAUGUUACCUUGACGAUAUUAUCAUAUAUGCUCCCACCCCCGAAGACCACCUCUCGCGCCUUUCCACAGUGCUCGACUACAUUGCAACCGCCGGUCUCCAGCUGAAUCGAAAAAAAAUGUUCUUUUGGCUUUCGAAAGAUAAAAGUCCUCGGCCACCAAGUUUCACGGGAAGGCAUAUCUGCGGACCCAGACAAAGUCCGCGCGGUUUCGGACUUUCCAGUUCCAAAGGACAUCAAAGAACUCCGAAGCUUCUUUGGCCUUUGUUCUUACUUCCGCCGUUUCAUUCCGAAGUUCUGCGACCUUGCUGCACCACUUACGUUGCUUCUGCGCGGUGA